UCCUAUUUUGACGUCAUUGUCAUCUCCCGUGCCGAUCUCUUCCGUCCAACUUUUUUUCCCCCGAAAAAAUGAGAAGUAGAACAAAAUCACACGAAUAAGAACGUAUCCGAUGUGUGACACAACAAUGCAACCCAUGCCGUCGACUGCCAUUAGAAAAGCACACCAUAUUGCGUAACAUUCGAUUCGAUAUGCARGUCCRCCAAGCAGCGUGUCAAUCUGCGGUSUCUCGUGCAGAGACCGAAACCAAUGGAAACACCAAGGUCGAGAACGAGGAUUCCGUUCAGCCGGAGACCAAGAAGCCUCGAUUGUGCAACGCAGAGCCGGGAAGUUGUGGUGGUAGUGACGGCGGCGAUGGUGAUGGCGGCGAUUCGAAGUCGCGUGCCCCGAAUCCGUCUGCUGCGACCGGUGGCAUCGGCACGGGAACGCACCGGAACGAAACUCUCCCGUCGACCCGUUGGCUGUUGAUUCCAACAUGCGACCGCAGCGGGCUCGGUUCUCUGGCAGCGGCACUACCACCUAGCCUCCGUUCUUUCGAAGAGAAGAAAAUUGGCCGGGACCUCGACAAACUUCGGGGACUGCUGGACCAACACGGUCUUCGAACCUCCAGAAUUUCGUCCCCGCGCGAAGCGGUGUCUGUGUACAAGGAUUCCUGUCUUGGCGGAGACGACGAGCCUGCCAACAGUUUUCUGAAGGACGGAACGGAUUUUCUUCUAGUGACGUUUGGGCUUCAUCCGCAGCAAGAAGAACUAGAAAAAUAUUUCAGAAGAUCCAUUCAGAAUACGUAUUGUCUACUUUUGUUCUGCAAAAAAAUGCGUGAAGAAUACCAUUCUUUGCUUGGCUUGUCGUCAUCUGAGUCGGCAUCGGCAUCGAAGUCACAGCAUGUCUCGGAACCUACGAAUGCCAUAGAUAAUGAGAUCAACAAACAGAUCGAAAUGUUAAUUGSCGAAAUCGAGAAKACCACCAGCGGACUUUUCAGAGAAUCAUUGUCCUCUACGAAAAUAGGAACCACGAAGGAGCAYCAUGGAGGUGUUUCCUCAAGAUUCGCCGAGGAACAAGUUACUGCUCUGAUCGAGCUUGCUUCUGCUGUGAAAGGGAAGCGUCGGUAUCGAGCAGAAGAAUGGAAGAAAGAAUACCAGCGAAUCUGUGUCGCCAACUCGACGAUUUCCAACGCGUACCUAUUUUUGCUCCAAUUGACACACGAAAUGUGUAUCCAGGACAUUCUUUUCAAAUACAAUCCGAAGGAGCCGAAAUACGAACGGAUCACCAUAUAYUUGUACGAUCCCGCCAUYGACUAUCGAAAGCCCGGUUUGUUUUCGUUCCUCCCCGGUYUGCGCACGGUUCUUACCAGGGGACCACAUGAGCUGGUAUCAGACAUGAUCGAAUCGUUUUGGUCCCAGGUUCUUCGCAAUGGUUAUUUUCCAACCGCUGCGAUCCAAGAAGUUCUCGAGCCACAGUUGCGAUCUUUUUUCCUUUCGGGUCUAGKCGCCGCCGACGCGAGAGGUACCACCUAYUUGCCUCUGCCUCUCAAGGCGAGCUUCGUUCCAUCGGCUCCGCUUUCCAUCUAUCUUCACGGAAAGGCAGGCGCGGGCAAAAGUUCGCUGGCAAAAGUCCUGCCCAUGGCCUUGCAAAGCACGCUAGAAGAACACAUCGAUCCCGAAUGCAUGGCACGGUUUGUAAAACAAAACCUUAACAAACGUUUGGAGACGCUCGAAUUAGAAUUCCAACUCCGUCCGAACAACAAUGACAUGUCUGUCAUGAGCAUCAUACAAGGUCGUCGCAUGGCCAUGAGUCAAUCGAAACCAGGUCUUGUGGUCUUGAAUCUAGAAGAACUACCGAUGGAUUCCUCCUUGGGUAACGACCCGAACCAAGAAGCGGUCGCACAGCUCAUCAGCCAACGCUUUGGGGGACGRAAAGGAAAGUAUCAAUCACAGGAAAAGCAAAGAAAUAUUGAGAACAAGGGCAGAAAUGGCCRUGGGAACAACGCGGCCCCCCGCAAUUCUGACAAACGAAGCAUUGGAAGAGACUUCUCGCUGGUCACGAUUUUCACUUCCAAUUAUCCCCUAGCGGAGAACUCGAAAACGGCUCUCGCGCAACUCGAACUCUACAAGUCUUUAGCACCCAUARAAAUAUUCUCAAUAACUGGAUCGGACCGACGUCAAUUUGCGCAAUCCUAUUUGAGUCAAUGUCUGACAGAUUUAUUGGAGGAAAAUUGCGAUGUAGAACUCUCGCCACGAAACAUGAUUCUCGAUAUUGCAUCGAUUUCCAGCGAUGGUGACACACGUCCACUCGUCAGACAGCUUAGAAUGUUUUCCUAUUACGUUGGAAAGUUGUUGAAAAACGCUUGCGUCGCAAAAGAGGGACCGAUUAUUGUGGAAGAGAUCAAAAUAAAACAAAGCGAUAAGAAUUGCACCAUAAGCGUACAAACCAAAACUGAAGGAAAUCAGAAUCAGAGUAGUCAGCAGAAACUAACAAUGGGAARUCUGAGCAAYUGGUAUCCUUCCGGGGAAUUCGUCUUCGAUUCUAGGAUCAAUCGARUAAUCGACAAACUAAAGACAAUCGCUGGCGAUAAAAAAGCUAUCGAACUCGCUGUAAUUUUGGAAUUCUGGUUUUCUUCAAYCCUUGCUCCAGCAGUCAUUCUCUCACAAGACAAGAAAAUUAUUGAGCAUAUAAUGGAUGCAAUCGACCGAAUGGGCAGUGGUGUCAAUUGCAUUCGAAGAAUUGACACUCAAACGUACAAAAUGAUCAAGAGUUUAUACGAUCCGAAAGAAAUGCCUAAUCUUCGCGAUGACAUCCUUAAGUUCGGCCGAGGUGCAUUUGUAGCCACAGAACUCAGCUGUCCUACUAGCGAUUCUCAGCUUUGCAUUCGAGAAAUGAUAGAGGACAGCCCAUCCAUGACUGCCUUUUCGAGCACGAAAUCAGCGCUUCAUAAAUCAGGGUUGCUCUUCGCCAUACACGUUGAGGGAGAAGUCACUCCAGAAGUCCUCUCGCGAGUUUCAUUCAUUCUCUGAAAUCUCGCAAGAGGGAAUCCACUCUGCUUCCACUUGUUCGACCAGAAGAUUGGUGAAGAUUGGUGUGUGGCUGCGGUAUUGCAAUUAAUUUUGUGAGACAGAAAGUUACUCGACCGAAAUAAAAAACACGAUAUGCGGACAUUACGAUGCUAGAAGUACGGUCAGAUCGUUUGUAAAAAAUUAAGUGAACUACAAAUAUAUGAUCAAAGAAAAUGGAUCAAGUURUACAGGCGUCGCAAUCACCACCAUCCAGAGGUCACAGUCGAUCCAGUAGCGUUAAGGAAUGCUUGUUCCUCCUCGUAGCAAGCCUCCUCGAAAGAGCGUGUCGUAUUUCCAAUCGGUUCAGGUACAGGGUAACCUGUCAAUUCAGUUUUAAAAAAAGACGGUCAGCAGUGAGAUUCCAUAUCUGAAAAAGAAAGAAUUUGUGUUCACCCUUCGUGUUUGCCGCCUUACCAAAAUUGAAAUGACAACGGCAGAUAAUAGGUCGCCCAUUGGAGCCGCAGCGAUAGUUGAUCUCGCAUACACUUUCACAGUCGUCGAAAGAGAAAUGAUAUAAAAUGAGAAAAUCGAUGGUUACGAUCAAACCGGGAUCGAAGGUCACCAAAUAUCGAGAAAAUCCUAUUCCUUAGCCUUACCUACGCCACAUGCUAUGACAUCCGAAGAGAUUGGACGUUUUUGCGCUGCACUGAGCUUCCUGAUGUUGCCGGGGCCUUCCUCCAAUACGAGCAAUGUAGUCUCGAUCUGGCAUAAAAUUGAAAACGUAUUUAUUUAUAUCGUCCAUGGUAACUUUGGGCGUAACAGCGUUGCGAGAUAAUUCAACACCAAGUCCAGAGAUACCUAUUGCUGGGGCUUUGGCCUGUGCUCCAGUAAUUAUUGCUAGUCCUCCCCCAAGAGAUGCUCCCGUCACCCGAAUCUUUUCAAAUGAUUCUCUGAAUGUCUCUACUGCAUCGGUUGUCACCUUAUAGUAGGCUACAUCAUUCAAUUGAUCUGAUUGAAUAAAGCUGAUAAACCRAACGAGCUGGGAAAACAUAGUAACGCACAGGCCAAAUCCAAUACGAAGAUUAUGAGCAAACACAAACAKCAUCAUUCAUCAAUCCACAAACCAAAGAUCACACUUGAUUACGAGUUYACUCACAUCGUCUAGAAUUGGCGUCCAAAGCCAGCCAUACGGGAUCAUCCAUUUGACAAGCUGCGCGAGUCCAGACGCCGACCARAGCUGCAAAUUCACCAUCCAAUCCCACGAAGUUUGCGAUCCUCGAAUCGCAAGAACCGCGAGGUCUGGGCUGUAUGGAAAAGUAAAUAAUUUGAAGUACUUUAAAUCGAARAAAUAGCACAAUAUUUGUUAWAUACUGGAUGAAGCGCCACAACACGUUCCGCGCUUCAAGAAACUUACGACUGGGACAAUCGAGUUGUUAGCUUCYUCCCGAUAUUCUUUAACCUUCGUAUCCUCGUCAAUAACUGCCCCUUCUCCGAACCAUUGAGGCAAAAGGUAACCAGUGACGUCGGUAGUUUCGUAGGCUAGAGCAGCGAGGUAGGCGUAGUCUCCAAGAGCCGUGUCCUCUUCUUCACCGCCAUCCACAGAAAUUUUGAAUCCUUUACUCAUGGAACACGACGGAUACUGCAGAGAUUCUUCGGCAGGAUAAGYAUAAUCAUCAACUAAAACAAUUGGGGGUCUCUCGCCAAGUCCAUCAUUCGAGGCGAGWGCGGCGUUAAAUAAAAAGUAUGUAGCAAGAACCAAGGUUCCGAAAAACCAUAUCCAGCGUUUAACCGCAWUACUCCGUGUGAUAUUCCGAACCGUUCCCGCAAGUCUAGCUUUCAAUACAAGCUUCCUUUCUUCACUGAGUCUUGCAUAUUUUUUGUGUUGAUUUUCGUACUCCGGUUCCACUUCGAUAGUAUUCAUUGAACCAAGUUCGCAAAGAAUAGCAGAUGGAUCAAAGUAAUAUCGUAGAAAAGAAAAGAACGAAAUGAUAAUGAAAACCACCCCCAUCGUGAUGUUCUUAGUCAAAAAGAGAACAGUAGCUGGAAAUAGGAUUAGCAAUAGACACUCCAAUAGCAUACCGAAGUAGCAUACCCAAGGCUUCGGUUGAACAACCCUGGAACUUUCCCAAAGACGGUACAWCGUCUCCUCAGACACCAUUUCACCACUACUGGUGCGUCGCACUUUCAUUGACUCGGCUACUGGCUCGUUCCCCUCCGGCUUGACUUUUUCGGUCGUGUUUUCACCUCCUUCCUCGAUCAGAUCAUCCUUGUGAAUGUCUCUAUACAUUUGGAUCAUAGUCUUUUGACUUUGAAUUAAUGGAAAUAAGCAGCAAACAAUGCUUAUAAGAGCAACCACGAUGUAACUUGCCCACCCAGUACUCAACCAUGCAAAAAUACUAAUCACAGUCACAAUGAUGAGGAUUGUUCCAAAUAUAUUGCACGCAAAAGUUGACAAAACCUGGGUACCAGUAAGAGCAGAGGGCCCCUKCACACUAAUGAUCUUCUGGCGCCUAGAGCUGGAGAAGAACAUUCCUUCAAGACUCCAGCUGUUUCUGGUAAUAAACCGAAGAUCGUCGAGAACUUCUUCGAUACUGUAAGUACGCUCGGGCGGAUCAAUCGUUUCGUACAUGAAUCGGAAGCAUCCAAGCUGGGCGAUGUGACUGUAAAUACUUUUCCUUGUGUAUGUUGGGUCGUGCUUGUCGCUGAAAGUGAACCCCCCUCCCGGUGGCACACACGUGUCGGUGACAAGGUAUUGCUCAUGUUUCUCUCCCGAAUAUCUAUGCGUCUGCACCAGGAGUAUCGCACAUCUAAUCUUGCUGAAACAGGAGGAAAGCUCGGUACCAUCAUCGUCACCAUAAUGGAUUGACACAAGCUUGAAGCAGGCAGAAACCUCACACCAAACUACAGCAAGCCCGAAGCAACAAAAGACGAAUGCGACGCACCCUAACCAUGCAUAGGUUGCGAUUUCCCAAGGAUUGUUCAGCCCUGCAUAGAGGGCACUGAAGAAAGUAGACAGAGGUAUCAAAAGGAAGAAUACAAAGUACAAAAGCUCGGUGACAACAGGCGGAGCUUUGAAUACAGCACGAAUAAGGAAUCCCCCCGACCAGGCCUCCGCGACGAAGGUAGAAGCAAUGGCCAUCAGAGAAGAAAACCCAAAGAGAAAGACCGGAAUACUCAAGAGAGUACUGGCCACGUCUAGGGCGARAAG